UGACCUGGUCCAUAGCACAGAAACAGCCCAGCUGAUUGGGUUUCAGUCUCUGCAGAGCAAAGAAGAGGGCAGGCAGUACAAUACAAGAUCUGGGAAUCUAGAUUCCUGUUUAUCUGGGACCUGGAUCUUCCUCCUGCGGAGACCUGACGUCUUACAGCUAUGCCAAUCUCAAACUCUGCCCCUUCUAACAAGAGGAAGAAGGCCAGCAAGAUCAUCACUGACCUGUCACAUAUCAGCCAGAAUGAGGAUGAGCUGGACUCUGACGCUGCUGAACUCGACCUGGGCACCAAAAUCAAGACGCCCAAGGAUGUGAUGCUUGAGGAGCUUUCCCUGAUGAAGAACAAGGGCUCCAAGAUGUUCAGGAUGAGGCAGCAGAGAGUUGAGAGGUUCAUUGUGACCAACGAGAACAUGCAGAACCUCCAGAAUUUGCUGAUGACCCCUCCUGUUGUUCCACCAAAGCCGGAGAAGCCAAAAGAAGAAAAGGUGGAAGAGACGGUAAAUGAGGAGGCAGAAAAGGGAAAAAGGAGGAACGAAUAUGUACGCACCUACAUAUCGCCAUGGGAACGAGCAAUGACUGAUGAGGAGCUGAAAGCUACCAUGAAGCCUUGCAUGCCAGGACCCAUCCAAACUCACCCAGACCUGCCUCAGUACAAAAGCUUCAACAGGACGGCGCUGCCAUUUGGCGGCAUCGAAAAGGCAUCCAAGAUGCUGACCUUCGAGCUCCCAGAAAUAAAUGCUUCCAGCGAGGAGCAGGAGCCCCUUCCGACCCUGCAGACUGACAUCCGCUCUAGGCCCUCGUUCAACCGCACGCCCAUUGGCUGGGUCUGCAGCGACGGCAGCUUGCACAUCCAACCGGACAUGGAGGUCCCCUUUGAUGGGGAGACGGAUGACCUGUGAACACACAGGCAGACAUGAGCAUAUUUACACACAAUAAAAUCCACUUUAACUGACUGGAAACAAUAAUUGUGACUCCCUCUUUCAUGCUGCUUACACUCUUCACUUAUAAAUGGGUCUAAGUCUGAGUUUGUAUUCUGUAAGCUCAUGUCACACCCUGGUGAAUAGCAAUAGACUAUCACAUUGCACUCUUAAAAUAAUGUAAAUAUGCAAUAAACAUCCCCCUUUACAGAA